CUAAUUUUGUAUUCUAUACGGAAGUAGACGAAGUUGUUGAAAGUGAAAAAUUAUGGCAUUUUUAAGCAGAGCCUUUUUAUCAAUAAGUUUAUGUGUUCUGUUAUUUCAUAUAACUGCUGCAUUUAGUAAAUAUUCUGUAGAAGCAAAUAAACCGAAAUAUGAAGAUCCUUUACAAUUCCCAACCUCUCUUCGUGAAUUGGACAAACCAUUUCGUAUGGCAAAAUUAAAUGUACUAUGGGUAAAAGCGAAAAAUCGUUUGACAGAUACAAAAUUGCAGUCAAUAUUCAGUGACCUGAAAAUCCACGAUAAAGAAGAAAUUGCAUAUAAACAUUUUAAGUCUGAAGGAAAAGAUCCGAAUGGCGAAGAAGAAGCGCGUUUAAGGAAAAAAUUAAUCGGAAUUAUGAGCACUUAUGGAUUAUUAGAGUACUUUGAAGAUACAGAGAACCCAGAAUUAUUAAAGAGACAUAAAGCUUUAAAUGAUGGUAAUAAUUAUAUUUCUAGAGAUGUUUUUAAAGAUAGCAGAUUAAACAAACUGUGGGCUAAAGCCGAAUUGGCAGGUUUUUCACAUGAAGAAUUACAAACUCUAAAGGAAGAGUUUCAGCAUCACCAAGAUAAAGUGGAUGAAUACAUGAAUCUUUUGAAAGAUGUAGAAGCUGGUGAUCCAGAAACAUAUAAAAACAGUCUACAUCAUAAACCAGAGAGUUGGAACGAAAUAGAUCACAAGGAAGAAAUUUCUAACAAGAUUCCUGAAAAAAAGUUAGAUUAUUUAGAAAAAGCAUCUUUACUUAGAGGAAAACAUUUGGAAAUUAGAAAUGGAUUUGAUCGUUUGGAUAGAUUAACUGCAAAAGGACCAAAUCAUAAAGAAUUUAUAGAACCAAAAGUUCAAGACUUAUGGCGUAUUGUAUUAAAAUCUCAAUUCUCUCCAGAAGAACGUGCUUCGUUAAAGGAGGAACUGUUACACUAUGAAGGAAGAUUGUUGAAAUUGCGUCAUUUACACACGGAAGCUGCUUUAGAAGCCGCACGUCAAGGAAAACCGUAUGAUGUAGAAAAUUCUACUAUGGAACAUCAUAUUAAAAAACACUCGAGAACUGUUCAAAAGCUUCAUGCAGAUCUUGAAACAAGGAUUUUGCAAAGACAUUCUGAACUAUAAUAUACAUAUCAACAAAUUUACACAAAUGUUAUUACUUAUAUAAUAGUUUAAUUGUAACUAAAAGUUAUUGUAGUAGUUUUGAUAGAGUUAUUAAAAAGUUUUGAUACGAA